AUGGCACCUUCUACCACCACGGCAGCCGCCAGUGCUGCGACCACAACUGGCAGUAGCGGAGGCGGCGGGGGCUCAGGCGCCACGAGCUCGCCGCUACUAUUUUUUGUCGCGCUCGGAUUUGGCGUCGUCUUCACCAAUCUAUGGAUCAUUGUCGGUGUCAAAUACUGUUUCCGAUAUAAUCAACGGAACCGCCAGCUGCACGGCGAGGAGACUGGCGACCCUAUUGACCUGGUAGCCAUGCCACGUCCUCAUCGCCGACGACGCGAAAAGAAACUCAUGUCGAUGGAUGAGGUCAAUGAGCGAUUCCCCUUGGUGAAAUACAAGGUGUGGAGGUCAUCCCGUGCCCACCAGGGCCUUCCAACUGAAGGUGGCAUCACGGCUCCGAACAGUAGACCGCCGAGUCUGGCUGACGAAAGUGGUGUUAUUUCCGCCCCGACUGCGACUGCGACUGCGCCUGCGCCCAUUACGGAUGAAACCUCGCCGCCUUCGGUCGAAAACGGUCUGCGUGAAGAAACACAUAGUGAUUCUACACCUGCUUCACAUCUCGAAUCAACCUCACGACCAGCGGAUGAGAAAGCUUCUCCUGCGACGGGCGUAUCCGUAGUUCACCACGACGAUGCAGCCGAUGCGGAAGAAAAGUGGCGGCACUCAUUGGUGAACGAAGGCAUCGAGGCCGAAGAGGACGAGGAAGACGGUGAUCAAAUUCGAAAAGCCGUUCCCUCCGAGUUAUUGCCAAACCCUGGUGAUUCCUGCGCGAUCUGCUUGGAUACCAUCGAGGACGAUGAUGAUAUUCGUGGAUUGACCUGUGGACACGCUUUCCAUGCCUCCUGCGUCGAUCCGUGGUUGACCAGUCGAAGGGCUUGCUGUCCUUUGUGCAAGGCUGAUUACUAUAUUCCUAAGCCUCGCUCACAGGCGCCCGACGGGGCUGCCGGUGCAGAUCGUAACGGACGUCGUGCUGCAACAAGUCGUAUUGAUCUCCUCGCCAGGCCUGUUCGAGCAGCACGACCCGGGGGCGCGUCGAAUCUAUUCCGGAUGCCGGUGGCAUUACCUAGCCGGUUUUUCCAAUCGUCCCCUCCACCUCAAUACCCACCACAAGAUAGCUCCCCGCGAGCAGGAACUCGCCCCGAACCAACUACAUCCGACAUGAACCAAACACAAUCACAGUCGCGAUGGUCGCGUUUCAUCCCCUCUCGUCUGCGUUCGAAUCCAUCUCCGCAGACACAGACAUCUCCAACAAACGAACAACAACUGCCCGGGAGUUCUCCGGCUCCAGGCUUCGCCGCUGGAGAAACUCGAACCCCAGCCCAACUCGAGGCUGGCACUACAUAA